UCCUAACAGUACAAGCCAACCAACCACCAAAAUGAUGAAACUUAUUGUUGUCCUCGCCGCGCUAGUCGCUAUCUCUGCUGCCAAGCCUGCCUUGGUGAGCGCACCCUUAGUGGCGGCGGCCCCAGCUGCGGUUGUCACGGCAACCAGCUCGCAGUACUACCACCGCAUCAACAGUGGACUGGCUGCCUACGUUGCCGCUCCUGCUUCAUACGUCGCUGCUCCUGCCGCCUACGUUGCUUCAGCUGCUGCGCCCUACGUAGCUGCCCCCUACGUCGCUUCUCCCUAUGUUGCGGCUUCAGCCCCCAUCGUUGCCGUCUAAACCAACUGACCUCGCUCCGUGAUCCCCUUGUGAUAUUACGAUUUAAAGCCAAUUGUUGAUAAAUGAAAGAUAUUAU